AUGGAACAACAAGAAAUGAAACAAUAUAUUAAUAAUGUAAUGCCGUUCAUCUAAAGGGAUAGAUUAAUAGACGCCAAUAAUCUCGCAUAAUUCUACAUCUUUUUUCAAAGUAAACGUCUUGUUGAAAAAGUAUAAAGACCUAAGCGAGGUUUAUUAUAUCAAUAACGCACUCUUUAUCUCUCUUGGUUUAUUAUAUAUUCCAUAUUUUAGCUCGUGUUUGUAUUAAAUUAAACUUUGCACGUAAUCUACGCAUUUACGCAUUGCUUGGAAGAAUAGAGAUCGACGGGACUUUGAAAGCACACGGUUGUAAGGCGAUAGAUCUGAUAGUGACUGCUUAUCAACUUUAAUCAAUCAUUGGCCCAAGUUGCUUAUCAUAUAAAGUGUUAGUCAUAUUACGUCCUGUCAAUUUUUAUUAUUGCUUUUCCACUUCUUAAUCAUGAACUCAAACGACUGGACACCCACUUCUUGGAAAACAAAGCCUAUUGCUCAAGACGUUGUUUAUGAAGAUCAGGAGCGUUUCAAUAAAGUGAUCAACAAGUUGAACAGAUUACCUCCUUUAGUAUCUGCCACAGAGAUUGAAAACUUGAAGAGUCAAUUGAAAGAAGCUGCUCUUGGCAACAUGUUUUUGCUGCAAGGAGGCGACUGCGCUGAAUUGUUUGAUUAUUGCUCACAGGAUCCAAUUGAAGCCAAGCUCAAAGUACUUCUCCAAAUGUCUUUGGUCUUGACUUGGGGUGCACGUACGCCUGUUGUCCGUAUUGCCCGUAUGGCCGGUCAAUACGCUAAACCUCGAUCAAAGCCUAUGGAAAUGUAUGAAGGAAAAGAAAUUCAUUCGUUCAGAGGAGAUAAUGUCAAUGGCUACGAUCCUCAAGAUCGUACACCAGACCCUGAACGUUUAUUAGGGGCUUAUUUCCACUCAACGGCCACUUUGAACUAUGUACGUACUUUACUUGACUCAGGCUUUGCUGAUUUGCAUGAACCUUCCAAAUGGAAUCUAAGCCAUGUUCGAUCCGACAGUGUUCGACGAGAAUAUCAAAACAUCGUCUCGCAACUGACAGAUUCACUUGAUUUCAUGAGAACAGUAGGCGCAGAUAAUGGCGGAGCACCCAGCGCACUAACAUCUAUCGACUUUUUCGUCUCUCAUGAAUCACUCUUGCUUGAAUACGAGACAUCACUCACUCGACUGAUGACUUCACCCACCAAGGAGAAGAAAUGGUAUAACGCGGGCGCACACUUUUUGUGGAUCGGUGAUCGAACACGUCAGCCAGAGAACGCACAUGUAGAGUAUAUACGAGGUAUUGCCAAUCCCAUUGGUAUCAAAGUGGGUCCUUCUACUGCGCCAGAAGACUUGGUUCGUCUGUUGAACACGGUCAAUCCAGACAAAGAAAUAGGCAAGGUCACGCUCAUUACUCGCUUUGGUGCUGAUAAUGUCGAAAAACAUUUACCGCAGCAUAUUGAGGCUGUGCGUCAGUCAGGUCAUAUUCCUGUUUGGGUCUGUGAUCCUAUGCACGGUAAUACAAAGACAGCUGCCUCUGGCAAGCUAAAGACACGCCAUUUUGUGGAUAUCAUUCAGGAAUUAUCACAGACGUUUAGAGUACACAAGGAGUGUGGUAGUAAGCUAAAUGGUGUGCAUUUUGAAUUGACGGGUGAUUCAGUCACAGAAUGUAUUGGUGGUUCUAUGGAUCUAACAGAUGAAGAUUUACCCGGAAACUAUCAAACUUACUGCGAUCCAAGACUGAAUUACGAACAGUCAUUGGAUGUAGCCUUUUUAAUAGCAAAAUACUAUGAAAAUGAAAGACGAGCCAAAGAUUUCCCAAAUUUGUAAAGUCUAAUUUUAGCCAAUAAAAUGAAAACAAAGUGUGACUAAAAUGCGCUGUUUUGAUCAAUGG